AUGGCGGCAAGUGCCAAAAUGUCUUUUAACUACUAUCAAAAUGGGAAAUACGGCACUUUACCAGCAGAUCCACAAAAGGACAUGGAAGUUUCACAGGAUAUGCACCUCAAGAUGUCGAAAAAAAUUGCCCAACUUACAAAGGUUAUUUAUGCUCUCAACACCAAAAAUGAUGAACAUGAUGCAGUUAUCCAUAAUCUCAAGGAACAACAUGAGGAAGAGAUACAGAAAAUACUGUCAGAAACCAAAGAAAAGAUCAGUGUGUUCAAAAGGAAGCUUGAUGAGGAAAAUGACUAUAGACAAAAAAUUGCUUCUAUGGAAACCACCAUAGCAAACCAUGAGCGAUAUAAGCAGGAAGCUGUGCAAAGGUUUGAAACCUUUAAACAGCAUGCUGAAGAACGCGAAUGUCAGGUGAAAAUGGAACAUUCUCAAAAGCUUCUCGGAAUAUCACAGGAAGUGUUGACUGCCAAGAAAAGAUUUGACAAACAAUUGGAACUGUUUGAGGAGUGGAAGCAAAAUGUUGAUUCUGAAAAAGAACAGGCUCUUUCAGACAUGAAAAAAGCUCACCAAGUAGAAAUGGAUGAGCUUCGCUCAUUUCAACGGUCACAGAAUACAGACUGGUUAAACGAAUGUGCUAAAGUUGAAGAUAAAUUCAAAGGACAGAUUGAAGAGUUAAAGACACAAUUAGACAGUUUGAAUGUGGAAAAAGCAAAAAGUGCAGAAGAAUAUGAGGCAAAACUGGUAAAAGCUCAGGCAUUUUAUGAAAAAGAACUGGCAGCCUUGAAACAAUCACAGCUUUCUUUACAUGAAAAUUCCAGCAAAAUUCUAUUAGAGGAACAGGAAAAAAUGAAGAAAGAGUUUGCAGUUCAGGAGAGAGAAUUGAAAAAACAAAUAGAAAGUCUAGUCAACCAGUUGUCUGUUAGUGAAGAUGAGGUAGAGAAACACAAGUCAGAACUGGAGAAGUUAAAGUUAGCACUAGAUAAUCACCAGUCUAGUUCUGGGGGCCUACAGAAACUGCUUGAGGAAGCCAAAAACGAGGCAUCAAAUGCCUUAACAAGAUUAAAGGAAAUUGAAUCAGAAUUGACAACAUACAAGGAACGAUGCAAGGAACAAGCAGAAGACCUCCGUUCUAAGUCAAGUUUGAUUGGCGAGUUGGAGGCAACAAAACUACAGCAGCAGUCAUUAAUUCAGGAACAAAACAUUGAGAUUCAGAAACUUAAGGACAAGUUGGCGUGGCUAGAGUCACAAUGGAAGUCAGUAGAGUCAGAAAAAGACUCCAUGAGCAAGGAACAAAACUCACAACUGGUCUCAUUACAGAAGUCAUUGGAUGACCUAUCGCUAGAGAAACAGACCUUGAUGGCCAGAUACGAAAGGGAUCUUCAAUCUCUUCGGGAUAAAAUGGCUAUCAGAGAAAAGGAGCUUGCUGACAAACAUGCUGCAGAAAAACAGAAUCUCAAUAAAACCCACCAAGAUGUGUUAAAAUCUCAGCAGGAGAAAGCCAAUAAUCUGCUGUACGAAACCAAACAGAAAAUGGUAAAGCAACAUGAAGCUGAUUUAACCAAAGUGAGCGAGGAGAAAGAUGCUUUGAUCGCUGAAUAUGAUCAUAAGAAUACUGACCUUUCAAACAAACUAGCUGUAUCAGAAGAGGAGGUUCGACGCCUGGAGAAGAUUCUCAAAGACAGUGAGUCUGGUCUUGGAACAGCCUCUAGUAAAAUCAAUAGCCUCAAGGAGGCUACAGCUAGACUACAAUCUGAUCUGGAGAAGUCACGAGAGGAAAUAAAAACUCACAAGACAAAUGCUGCUAAUUAUAAGGCUGAGCUGGAGAAGCUAAAGAAACUACAUGAGAGUAAGCUUGCUGAAGCUCAACAGGAACUUAAGAAUAAACUUGACCAGUUGGCUAAAGACCUGGAGUCAAAGUGGUCAGAUAAUCUGAGGAAAGAGUGUGCAAGGUUGAAACUUGACCUGACCCAGCAGAAAGAUGAGGAGAAAAAGGCGGCUCUUCAGCAAUUGGCACGGCUAAAGGACGAGGAAGUGGUUGCUGCUCGACGUGGCUGGGAGAACAAAGUCCAUGAACUUAACAAUCAGCUGGACAAACUUAAACGAAGUUUGGAAGACAAAGAAGGAGCAAAUGCGGAAGAAAUUGAACGCCUAAGAAAAGAAAUGGAAGAGGAGAAAAAAAGGCUAGAGAAAAAACUUGUUGAGGCAGGAAAUGAGUACGCUCAGCAGAUUUCUUCAAUGGAAGAGAUGCAACUGGAAAAAAUGAGGAGGCUAGCAGAACAGAAGGAUGAUGAGGCCAAGGAAUUAGAAAAUAAGCUUAAGUCAGAGCAUUCGGAUGAUAUGCAGAGGAGUAUGACGGCCCAUAAAGCAACAAUAGAAAGUCUCAAAUCUGAGGCAGAAAAGUCACGACUCCUCAGUCUUCAGGAGGCAAAACAGGAACACCACAAGGAAACAGAAAAGAUGAAAGAACUUAUUUAUGAACGUCAUAGCGAUGAAAUGGAAGAGCUAAAGAGGGGACACAGCUAUCAGCUGGAUGCAGCAAGAAUGGAACUGGACCGAGCAGUAGAAAUCUCAAAACAGAAGGACAAAGCUCAUGCUAUUCAAGUAGACGAACUGAAAGACGAGGUAACAGGGCGAGAACUACACAUAAAAAAUCUCAAGGAUGAUGUCAAAGGUCUGAAGUCUGAUAUCAGUAAAUUGACGAGGGAGAUUGAGGUGAAGGGGAAUGAAAUCCUCAAGAUCAGGAGUGAUGCAAAUCUUCAACUAAAGAAACGGGAGGAGGUAUUAGUUCAGAAGUUCCAGCAUGAGAUAGAGUGUGUAAAGGCUGACCACCAGAGAGAGGCUGAGACACUAAUGGCUGACUUUUCCGAGGCUCAGGAACUACUGAAGGACAAAAUCUCAGAGUUACAAAUCAUGUUGAAGGAGGCAGAGGAGAAGUAUAAUAAUCGUGAAUCAAGACCAGAGGAUCUCGAAGCUAUCUCACAGCUGAGGGAUGCCAUUAGGGAGAGAGAAAUGAGGAUGAAAACCUUAAUAGAGGAGAAACAGUAUUACCAGAUGGAACUAGUAAACAGAGAGACAAACUUUAACAAGGUCUUCAAUACAGAUCCUAAAGUGGGAGUUCUCAACCCUCUACAGAAAAAGUCAAAGAAAGGAGAGAAGGGAGGGCAUCAUAAUUUACCUUCCAAGCACACUUCUAGUGCACCAAGUCUGAAUCGCCUGGAUCCGAUUCCCAACUCACCAAUCCACAACGCCAAUCUGAACCCAUCCAAACCCUUGGGACCCACUCCUGCCUUUACCAAGAAAUUUGUCAGAUAGUCCACUGCCCCAAGCUUUCAGACAUUAUGAAUGUAGUGACAUUUUUUAUGUGUGUGGCUGUGCUAUAAAGCCUUCAUGGCUGGGUUUCAUUAUGUUUGGCUUUCAUUACUAUGGGAAAU